AUGGCCCUUUGUGACAACGUCUGCAACUCUUCCCUCUGUGGGUUCAACCCGGUUUGUGUUGCACAAACUCCAGCUUCCGAAGUGCUGAUAAAGCCUGCUCCAAUUGCCGUGACCAUCCCUGGACCCAUUCUGUCUGCUAGUCCUGAGCCUGCUGAGGUGGUCCAGUACAAUCCAUGUGCUACCGGCUACGGGAGCUGCUAUUCUCCGGGUUAUAGUGGCUGUUAUUCUCCAGGUUACGGAUGUAACUAUGGAUCUGGAUAUGGGCGAAAAAACUGCUAUGGGUCUUCCUAUCCUUGUUCCUACCCUGGAUAUACCCGAAGGUGCAGCUACAGCAGCUGUGGACCAUGCUAA